UUGAAAUAUAAACUUUUAUAAAAUUUGGUAAAUCUGUGCAUUGCACGGGACCAUAAGCUAGUAAGUAUAUUAAAGAGAGUCUCACCAUUAGGAAAUUAUGUAUCAUAUGAAUUGCUAAAUUGAGAAGUGAGUUGGGUAUUACCAUAAACAAGUCAUUUUGUAUUUUAAUACUCAAAGUUGAGUCUCACUAUUAAACAAGUCAUUUUGUAUUUUAAUACUCAAAAUAGAAAAUGGAUACUCGUAUAGUUGUAUGAAACAAACAGUUAGAUACGAAGGGAGUAGUCCGUAAUUUGGCAACUAUGAUACUCCAUAGUAGUUAGUACCAUAGUCGUUACUGUAGAGAGAGAAAGACCCGCUCUUUAGUAGUAGAAGAGAAAAAGUAGAUGAAAAAAAAAAAAAAAAAUUAAAGAAAGAAAAAUGAUGUCAAUUGAGGCGGUUUUCCUCCUACACUCCUUUCUCCGCCACUUCACCACGCCUCCUUCUACCUCCCUUCUUCAAUUCUUCUAUGGCGUUUCUAAGAGCAUGGGAAAUGUUUUUGGCAAUAUUGGUUUUGUACACAGCAUGGGCAUCUCUGUUUGAGUUUGGUUUCUUAGAAAAACCAUCAAUUAGAGGCCUUGCUAUCGCCGAUAACAUUGUAAAUGGAUUUUUUGCCAUUGAUAUCUUUUUGAACUCUGUCGCCUACAUCGAUAAAAACUAUUAUAUUACAGUGAAUGAGCGAAAGAAGAUUGCUUGGCGAUACAUAAGAACCUGGUUUAUUUUCGAUCUUAUAUCAAUAAUCCCUUCGGAACUUGUGGUAACGAUACUUCCGGACAAUGUUCAUGCCUAUGGACUUAACACUGUGCUUCGUCUUUGGCGUCUUAGUAAAGUUAGUAAAAUAUUUUCCAGGUUCGAGAAAGACCGAAUGUUUAAUUACAGUUUCAUUCGAAUCUGCAAAGCGAUUUUUGUGACAAUUUUUGUGGUACAUUGUGCUGCAUGUUUUUAUUACAUCCUGGCUACCACCUACCAUGAUCCAACAAAGACUUGGAUUGCUCUUUCAAUGAAGAAUUUCGAGACCGAGAAUGUGUGGCAUAUGUAUGUGGUAUCCAUGUACUGGUCAAUGAGUACGCUAACGAAAGUUGGCUAUGGCGAUAUUCAUCCUGUGAAUACAAGGGAGAAGAUCUUUGUCAUCUUUUACAUGAUCAUUAGUGUUGGAUUGUUUAUAUAUUGGGUAGCAAUUAUGACAAGCUUAAUCAGUCAUCGGAUCAGCGUAAACAUGAACUUCAGGAACAAACUUCAAGCUGCUUCGAAAUUUGCUAAAAGGAAUAGGCUUCCCGUUUGCCUCCAAGCUCAAAUAAUUAGUCACCUGUGCUUGAAAUACAGAGUUGAUUCAGAAGGGCUACAAAAACAAGAGGUUCUUGAAUCCUUUCCUAAGGCAAUUAAAUCAAGUAUUUCACAUUUUCUCUUCUACUCACUACUUGAUAAGGUAUACUUGUUUCGCGGGAUAUCAAAUGACGUAUUUUGCCAACUGGUUUCGGAGGUGAAAGUGGAGUACUUCCCUCCCAAUGAAGAUGUAAUUUUGCAGGAUGAAGCACCUACAGAUCUUUACGUGGUAGUUGCUGGUGCAAUGAAAUUAAUUGUUCGCAGACAAGGAGUUGAAGAGGUUGUUAAAGAGCUUAAAUCAGGAGAUGUUUGUGGAGAGCUAGGUGUUGUUUGUUACAGAUCACAACCCUUUACUGUUCGCACCAAGAGACUGUGCCAGCUGCUGCGUUUAAAUCGUACUGUCCUUAUGAAUCUUGUUCAAGAAAAUGCUGGAGAUGGACAAAUUAUCAUGAAUAAUCUCCUAGAGCAUUUGAAUAUACAGGAUCAUCCAGUGAUGCAAUCUCUAGUUAUUGACAUUGAAAGAAUGUUAGCUCAAAGUCAAAUCGAUUGGCCUCUUGGUUUAUUGUUUGCAACUGCAAGAGGAAACAAGCGGUUGUUGCAACUUCUGUUAGAACGAGGCUUCAAUCCAAACGAAAGAGACACAGAAGACCGCAUUGCUCUACACAUUGCAGUUGCAAAUGGAAAUGAAAAUUGUGUUGCUAUCCUGUUGGCAUUCGGAGCAGAUCCAAACAUUAAAGACUCGAAAGGGAACGUUCCAUUAUGGUAUGCAAUAAUGGAGAAGCAUCCAGAGUCCUUGAUCAAGUUACUCUUAGAUCAUGGCGCUACUCUAGCUUCUUGUGAUGCACCUCAAUAUGCUUUCUUUGCUAUUGAACAAAACAAUCUAAUGCUACUACAUGAUAUUGUGCGGUAUGGUGGAAAUGUAACGCUGCCUGUAAGCAACGGAACUACACCACUUCAUGCUGCAGUUUCCAGAGGAAACCCUGCUAUUGUUAGGUUCUUGUUGGAGCAAGGGGCUGACAUAGACAAGGAUGAUGAAAUUGGGCUGACACCAAGAAUAUUGGUAGAUCUUUCUGGGAACGAAGAAAUUAAAGCAUUAUUUGAUGUUACUCCAAUUCCUAGUGCGCAUGAGAUGUCUAACGUUCACAAGCACCCUAGAGAUCGUGGUAAUGUACUUCAUAACGGACUGCUCGGAGUUUUAUCUACUUCUGCUAGAGGUGAAACAUCUGCUCUUGUUGACAAAUCCGUUAGGACUGGAAAGCAACCUGCAAGAAUAACACUUAGAUGCCCAGAAAAAAGUGAGGUUGUGAAGCUCGUCAUGUUGCCCGACACAAUUGAGGAACUACUCGAAAUUGGUAGCAAAAAAUUUGGAUGCUAUUGCACUAAACUAUUAUCAAUACAAGGAGCCGAUAUUGAUAAGAUUGAUUUUAUUAGAGCCGGCGAUCAGGUUUCUCUUGUAUGUGAUAACAAAAGCAAUGUGAUUCAAAGACAAUAGUACUCCUCAAGUAUGUAUUCUAUUGUUUGGUCCGUACAAUACUGGACUUCUAUAAGACUUAUUGUUUUUAUUUUUUA